CAAAUCUAGAUCCAUAGAUCUAUGUCAGUGAUAUUAUUUUUAUUUUUUACAACAACAAUCAUGGCAGACGUGGAGUUCCACGAUGAGAUAGUUGAUGUUCCUUUAGAAGGAGAGAUAGAAGUGCCGGGCAUCUCUAAGACGGAUGAUGAACUUUCAACUUUGGAUGAACCAGUCAAAGAGACAAUUUUGCGAGACUUGAAAGCUGUUGGGAAAAAAUUUGCUCAUGUGUUGGUACCAAAGAAGAGCAAAUUGUUACUAAAGGAGUGGGAUCUUUGGGGCCCACUUGUACUGUGUACAUUUCUAGCAAUAAUGCUCCAAGGCACUUCCAAUGAAUUAGAUCAAAUGAGUCAGAAUGAUGGUGGGCCACAGUUUGCUGAAGUCUUUGUUAUAUACUGGCUAGGGGCUAGCAUCGUCACAUUGAACAUAAAACUACUUGGAGGAAACAUUUCUUUCUUCCAGAGUAUUUGUGUGCUGGGUUACUGUGUGUGCCCACUGGCUGUGGCACUUAUUGCCUGUAGGAUCAUACUGGCUAUAAGCACAGAGUCCACUGUUCUUUUUGUUAUUCGAUUUCUAUGUGUUGUAUUAGGAUUUGGUUGGUCAACGUUUGCCUCGACAGCAUUUCUGCAUGAAAGUCAGCCCACAGGGAGAAAAGCUUUAGCCAUGUAUCCAUUGGGCCUGUUUUAUUUUGUCAUAAGUUGGCUUGUAAUCUCCCACUCAACUUCCUGAGUUCGUCUUGAGAAGCUAUUCCAUAAAGUGUUGACAUAGCUCACGGAAGUUUUUGUUUUUUUUUGUUUUACACACACUUUAAUAUUUGGUUUCAUUUUUUUAAUUAGUUGAAACGUUUCUGUUUAUAAAACCUUAUACAAAAACUCAUCUACAUUAUCUUAUGGUUUUAAAGAUUUUAGUUUGAAAUUGUGGACUCUGUUGUUUUUUAUGUCUCUAUAUCAGUCUGGGCUAGCAGACAAUUAAUGGUCUGUGCAAAAUUGUAUUCUUUAAAACUAAAUAAUUCUUUUUAAGAUGUUACUAGUUUAAGCAAACCUUAUUUAUAGAGUUGGCUUGAAUGUCUGAACUGCACAUUUGAUGUAUUUGACUAAGAAAGUCUAAGAGAAGAACCAGUGGAAAUAAACACAUGUAUUAGAAUACAGGGUUUUUAUAGUAACAGUUAGAGAUAUAAAUAGGUGAACUCUUUGACAGGGUCUUAUAAUGAUAGGUCAUUGUUAUGGUUUAAAAAAUAUGAAUAUCUUAUAGGUUGUUGUUUUUUUUUAUUCUUGUGAUGAAUGUCUUAAUUUUCUGUGAUAAUUUAUGUUUGUUGUACAUAAUUUUUGUUUCAAUAUUUUUUUAUCCACCCUUCACCUUUCAUAGUGGUCAUUUUGUUUUUUUAAUUCACCAUUCACCUUUCAUAGUGGUCAUUUUGUUUUUUUAAUUCACCCUUCAAGUUUCAUAGUGGUCAUUUUGUUUUUUUAAUUCACCAUUCACCUUUCAUAUUGGCCAUUUUGUUUUUUUUUAUUCACCUUUCAUAGUGGUCAUUUUGUUUUUCACUUAAGGAAAAAAUUACUUUUUUAUUCAUUCAUUACUGGUGAGUUAAGUGGUACAUCUUAUUUAUCUUGGCUAAUCGGCAAUAAGUGUAUCCAGGUGCCAUUGCAUGACCUGGUGGUCUAUAUGUGUCAGUAAUAUUACAAAAGAACUUGUCAUUAGCUUUCAUUAACUUAAUAACCUCCAAGACCUACCCAUUUAAAUUUUUUUUUUUUCAUGCUGUUUCUUUUUUUAGAGAAUAAUCAUAAUGUAUACUAUUGUGUUGUCUUCUAUACGGUACAUUUUUUUUGGUCAUUGUGGAAUUCCAAGUAGGACAUCAUUUCAAUAAUUAAUUUAAGUCAUUGACAAUGUGUGUAAGAGUGUGUGAAUGUGUGUAAGACUUUAUCCAUCAUUGUUGACGCUGAGCAUAUUAACUCUUUUUUUUUUUUUAAAGCAUGUACAUUUUUGUAAAUAAAGAGAACAUGUUAUACUUCAACACAUGCCUAAUUUUAAAAUCCAGCGCAUUGUUGUCAUAGCAAUCCUACAAUCUCUGACCAGUACAUUGGAUAUAGCGUACACAGACAGUAUGCAUAUUCAAUUCAUCAAGCAACACAGUUAUUUCAUUGUGUAGCAUUAGUCUCAGUUUAUUUGUGUGUGCAUCACACAUUAACAUUUGUUUCUCUUCUUUUUUGUUUCACUUUUUUUAAUAAUCCUGAUGACCUGAAGUGGAUCUUCUCUUGUGUUAUGUUUUCUUCUGUGAAUUGCAAAAAAAAAAAAUAAGCAAUAAUAUAACUUAAUAGAUACUUUCUUUCUCAGUCAAGCUUUUUACAAAUUACAUUUAUAAUCUUAUCAUAAGAUGAGUUGCUAGUGGCAGGGACCACUUGACUAUCAAAGGGCUUGCGUUUGUCUCCUUACAAGAACUGAGUUGUGUUUUCUAGGCUCUCAGGACAUGCACAAACCAUAUACUCCCCCACCCUCAUAUCUACAAAUAUUAGGACCAUAGAUCACUGUGCUAGCUAGAGCAUGAAAGAUUUGUUAUAUGAAAGCUGUGUAAUAAAAAAGUAGAAAUACAUUUCGUGCAUCUUAAAGACAGAAUGGAGCUAUCAGGAUACUUAUACUGUAUUAACUAAUGUUUUGUUUUAUUUGCUUAUAGUUUUGAUUUCUUGUUUUGAUGUAUUUUUAACAUUUCACUGUUAUGUUUUUUAAAGUUGUUAUGAAGCAACAAUGUUGUAAAUAGCUGAUGUGCAUCACAUUUCCGAAAUUUUACUGUAAUGUUGUUGUUUUUUUUGGGUGUGGGUGUAUUUUAAGUAUGAACAUCAUCAUUAUUAUUAUAGCUUUUAUAUAGUGCUACUUUCAUGCUUAUAGCAUGCUCAGAGCGCUUUUGGUCCAAUCUCAUUUGUGGACCAGUUUUGGGGGGGGGGGGGGGGGUAUCUAGGAGUUGUUUUUCCGUGCUGCCUUUAGGCGCUCAGUAAACACAACUCUGCCCAAGUUGGGAGUCGAUAAGGAAACGUAUAAAUAAAAGUAAAAUAUCUCUAGGAGAUGGUGGUCUCUGCAAAAUGUUCUAGGUGGGAGUACAUUUAGUUUCUUUUAGAUUGAUUAAAAACAUAGAAAAACAAUCAUGUAAUAAAUGAUCUAUUUUUACAUAAAGUUAACUAUAUUUCCUGUCUGGGAUGUGUGGCGGAGUGGUAAAAGCCGCUGCCUACCAAGGAAGCUCAAGUUCAAUUCCCUAAUUUAGCACAACUUGUGAUUGUUGAGCACAGCAUGAAACAUCAUGCAAAAACAAACAACAAACAUUUUCCCAAGUAUUCCCUCCCCUGACAUGAUCAUGCAAUAGAAAAAAAAAAGGUUGCUAUACAAAAUUCUUUUCUAUUUAAUCUGAAGGGAAAACAAAAAGACCAGGUUUCUUGAUUAAAUCUAUAAUGCUUAUUAGUUUAUGAUCUUUAACUUGCAUUUUCAUUUCAUUUUAAUAUUUACCAAACAAAAGUCAAAAUAACUUAAAAUUUAACAUUCAAACGCUAUCAAUCUUUAGGCCUUUGUCAUAUAUGUUAAUAAUCUAUUCUUUAACCUGCAUUGAAAAAUACAGAAUCUUUCAUCAUUUUAAUUUUGCAAACUAAACAGAUAGCUUACUUGUCUUGCAAAGAUAUGCUUACCAUUGAUCGUUUAUUUGGAUGAAGGAUGGGUCUAUUUCUGAAACCCUGUUGCAAAAGAGAAAAAAUAUAUAUAAUUUGUAUAAGCACAUUUAUCAUUCUUUUCUGUUCUAAAUCCAUUCUAUGUUUGCCACUCAUCUAGCUCAUGACAAUUUUUUUCUUCUUGAUAAGUUUGUAUUGUGUAAUUUCCUAUUUCAUCUAUUUAUACUAAUUAAUAAAGAUAUUGGAAGUUCAGACAUAGUCUAGACAUGAGGACAGGUCAAAUUCUAGUAACACAGUUUCUCAUGUGCAAAAAGAAUACAGUUAGUUGGAUGAUCUAUCUGCUUAGUUUUUUUUAGUUGGGUUCUAGUGUCAUUACAGACAGAGCUCUUCAGACUUGACUACACUUUGUACAAUUAUAAGAUCAAGCUUAGUAAACAUGGACACUUUUGUUUGGUUUUGUAAACAUGGACACUUUUGUAAACAUGGACACCUGCUUGGUUUUGUAAACAUGGACACUUGUGUUUGGUUUUGUAAACAUGGACACUUUUGUUUGGUUUUGUAAACAUGGACACUUUUGUUUGGUUUUGUAAACAUGGACACUUUUGUUUGGUUCUGUAAACAUGGACACUUUUGUUUGGUUCUGUAAACAUGGACACUUUUGUUUGGUUUUGUAAACAUGGACACUUUUGUUUGGUUUUGUAAACAUGGACACUUUUGUUUGGUUUUGUAAACAUGGACACUUUUGUUUGGUUUUGUAAACAUGGACACUUUUGUUUGGUUUUGUAAAUAUGGACACUUUUGUUUGGUUUUGUAAACAUGGACACUUUUGUUUGGUUUUGUAAACAUGGACACUUUUGUUUGGUUUUGUAAACAUGGACACCUGUUUGGUUUUGUAAACAUGGACUGAAAGCAAUUGGCAUGUUGUUGUUUUUUCUCUUGUCCAACAUGUAACAAGUUUAGAACUUCCAGUUCAACUCUACUGCACUUCACCACAGUACCACACACAGGCUUGAGCUACCAAUACUUUGUACAUUGGUUCACAUGCCAAACAUUUGAUGUGAAUGCACUGGAAAAACCGAAAGCUGAAACUACAAUCAGCUGAAAAUAGGGUGAAAGUUUAUUUCAAUGGACAGAAAUAAAUGUGUGAAUAUCUUUAACUAUAUCUUGGUCAUUCUUCAUCAUUUACAUUUGUAACUACAUGAUUAAUGUAACUCAAUAUAAUGGGGUUAAUAUGUGAGUCCCAUUUCACAGUUGAACUCAAUCUAAGCAUUAUUUUUGUACAAUAUCAUAUGCUCACUAUCUUAAUGGAUAUUACUGGGUUGUUGUUUUUUAAAUGAUGGGACUGAUAUACUAAUCUUAGUGCCUUUGUGUUGAUUUUGUUUCAAUGUCUGAACUCCUUUUGUUGUGAUGAGACAUUUCAGGCAGGAGUUUAAACAAAAAAAGGGGAGAUACUUUCACUUCAAUUUUGAUGGUUGGCUAUUUAUUUUGUUUUUAAACCAGUUAACUAAUAAUAAAGAGCUUUUUGAAAGAAA